GUCAGUGCCCACUACGGACAUUCCCGACGGAUGAGGGCGCUGCCAGGACCUGUGUGGACAUCUGUGCCCUUUCCUCUGAGGGACUCGAAGCCCUCCUGCUGAGGUGCCGUGGACCCAUGGCCACCGGCAGCCCGCAGCUGCAGGUGCUGUCCUGAGAGAUUAGGGUCGACAGACACUGGAAGGAGCUGCAGUCCUGCACACCUGUCACCGUUGGCCUCAGAAGCAGAAGAUGAGGUUGCCAUGGGAACUGCUGGUGCUGCCGUCGCUGGCGUGGUGCCUGGCAGAUGGCCCCAUGCUGCACGGCCCGGCUUUCCUCCAGGAGCCAAGUCACGUGAUGUUCCCUUUGGAUUCAGAGGAGAAGAAAGUCAAGCUCAGUUGUGAAGUGAGAGGCAAUCCAAAGCCGCUGAUCAGGUGGAAGUUAAAUGGAACAGAUGUCGACCUUGGCAUGGAUUUCCGCUACAGCGUGGUUGACGGCAGUCUGCUGAUCAAUAACCCCAAUAAAGCCCAAGAUGCUGGAACGUACCAGUGCAUAGCAACAAACUCGUUUGGAACCGUCGUGAGCAGAGAAGCGAAGCUGCAGUUUGCUUACCUGGAGAGCUUCAGCACCAGGACCAGAAGCACCGUGUCAGUCCGCCAGGGCCAGGGGAUGGUGCUGCUGUGUGGGCCGCCGCCCCACGCCGGAGAGUUGAGCUAUGCCUGGAUCUUCAAUGAGCGCCCGUCCUACCAGGACAACCGCCGCUUCGUCUCACAGGAGACAGGGAACCUGUACAUCGCCAAGGUGGAGACUUCAGAUGUCGGGAACUACACCUGCGUCGUCACCAACACGGUGACCAACCAGAGAGUCCUGGGGCCACCCACGCCGCUGAUGCUGAGAGAUGACGGGGCCAUGGGCGAAUACGAGCCCAAGAUAGAGGUGCAGUUCCCAGAAACGGUGCCGACGGCCAAGGGCGCAACAGUCAAGCUGGAGUGCUUCGCCUUAGGAAACCCAGUACCAGCCAUUAGCUGGCGAAGAGCUGAUGGAAAGCCCCUGACGAGGAAGGCUCGGAGACACAUGUCCAACGGGAUCCUUGAAAUCCCCAACUUCCAGCAGGAGGACGCCGGGCUGUAUGAGUGCGUGGCGGAAAAUUCCCGAGGCAAGAACGUCGCACGGGGCCAGCUGACUUUCUACGCUCAACCUAAUUGGAUUCAAAAACUAAGUGACAUCCACGUGGCCAUGGAGGAGAAUGUCUUUUGGGAAUGCAGAGCUAACGGCAGGCCCAAGCCUACUUACAGGUGGCUCAAAAACGGCGUACCACUCUUAACUCGGGACAGAAUUCAUAUCGAGCAAGGAACACUCAACAUAACCGUGGUGAACCUGUCCGACGCGGGCAUGUACCAGUGCGUGGCAGAGAACAAACACGGGGUCAUCUUCUCCAACGCAGAGCUGGGUGUUCUAGCUGCAGGCCCGGAUUUUUCCAGAACGCUUCUGAAGAAAGUUACUCUGGUCAGGGUGGGCGGGGAAGCGGCCAUUGAGUGCAAUCCCAAGGCAUCUCCGAAGCCGGUCUACACCUGGAAGAAGGGCAGGGACGUGCUGCGAGAAAGCGACAGAAUCACCAUCUCUGAAGAUGGAAACCUCAGAAUUGUCAAUGUGACAAAGUCCGACUCGGGCAGUUACACCUGCAUCGCCACCAACCACUUUGGCACGGCCAGCAGCACAGGAAAUCUGGUUGUCAAAGAUCCAACACGGGUGACCGUGUCCCCUUCCAGCACAGAUGUCACUGUGGGGGAGAGCAUCGUCCUGCCCUGCCAGGUGACGCAUGACCACUCUCUGGACAUCGUGUUUGCUUGGUCAUUUAACGGACACCUCAUAGACUUCGACAAAGACGGCGACCACUUUGAGAGAGUCGGAGGGCAGGACUCGGCCGGGGACCUGAUGAUCCGGAACAUCCAGCUGAAGCACGCCGGCAGGUACGUCUGCAUGGUGCAGACGAGCGUGGACUGGCUCUCGGUGACCGCCGACCUCAUCGUGAGAGGCCCUCCAGGUCCCCCCGAGGCUGUGACCGUAGACGAGAUGACAGACACCACGGCUCAGCUCUCCUGGAGGCCCGGGCCUGACAACCACAGCCCCGUCACCACGUACGUCAUUCAAGCCAGGACCCCAUUCUCCGUGGGCUGGCAAGCAGUCAGCACAGUCCCCGAGCUCAUUGACGGGAGGACCUUCACGGCCACCGUAGUGGGCCUGAACCCCUGGGUGGAAUACGAAUUCCGCACGGUGGCAGCCAACGUGAUCGGGAUCGGGGAGCCCAGCCGGCCCUCAGAGAAGCGACGCACAGAGGAGGCUCUGCCUGAGGUCACCCCAGCCAAUGUCAGCGGUGGUGGAGGCAGCAAAUCAGAACUUGUUAUCACCUGGGAGACGGUGCCCGAGGAGCUGCAGAACGGCCAGGGCUUCGGCUACGUGGUGGCCUUCCGGCCCUACGGCAAGAUGAUCUGGAUGCUGACGGUGCUGGCGUCAGCUGAUGCGUGCAGAUACGUGUUCCGGAACGAGAGUGUGCGGCCCUACUCCCCCUUUGAGGUCAAAGUGGGUGUCUUCAACAACAAGGGGGAGGGCCCCUUCAGCCCUACCACAGUGGUGUAUUCCGCCGACGAAGAGCCCUCCAAGCCACCAGCUAGCAUCUUUGCCAGGAGCCUCUCAGCCACGGACAUCGAAGUCUUCUGGGCCUCCCCACUGCAAAGGAGCCGAGGGCGGAUACAGGGUUAUGAGGUGAAAUAUUGGAGACACGAAGACAAAGAGGAAAAUGCCAAAAAAAUAAGAACAGUUGGAAACCAGACGUCCACCAAGAUCACCAAUCUGCAAGGCAGUGCACUGUACCACCUGGCGGUCAAGGCCUACAAUUCUGCCGGGACGGGCCCCUCCAGUGCCACCGUCAACGUCACGACCCGGAAGCCACCACCAAGCCAGCCCCCGGGGAACAUCAUCUGGAACUCCUCCGACUCCAAGAUCAUCCUGAACUGGGAUCAGGUGAAAGCCCAGGAGAACGAGUCAGAAGUGAAAGGAUACAAAGUCCUGUACAGGUGGAGCAGGCAGAGCAGCGCGUCGGUCAUCGAGACCAACAAGACCUCGGUGGAGCUCUCGCUGCCCUUCGAUGAGGAUUACAUCAUAGAGAUCAAGCCGGUCAGCGAGGGCGGCGACGGCAGCAGCAGCCAGCAGAUCCGGAUCCCCAAGCUCUCAAACGCCUACGCCAGAGGCUCCGGGGCUUCGGCGUCCAGUGCGUGCACAUUCUCGGCCAUCAGCACCAUCGUCAUCUCCCUCACAGCGAGGUCCAGCUUAUGACGAAAGGGCUCCGAAGGACUUGCUGUUUAUAAUAUAGGCAACCUCUAGCUAGCUGUGCUGAAGACGCCAGUGCUGAGUUACAUUGUUGUCCGAGUACAUCUUAUUGCUGGAAACGGUGUCUUUGCUUCUUUAGGAAUGGCAUUCUCUAGUACUUCCUCGAGGCAAGCCUAGCUCUGUCUCGGGUUUCUUGGGAACUCUGCUGCACUGAAGGUACCUGCAAGACGACGCUACCAAAGCAGUUUACACAUGUCCUUAUAUGCAUAUUUUUAUUACGUAUUUAGUGUUUUAUAGAGUUUUUUAAAGGUAACAUAUGAUGUAGAUAUUAAUUUUUCCCUCUGAUAUAAAAUGCUACGGGCAAAACAAUAUAUGAUUAUAAUUUUAAAACCAGUUCCUUUAAGGGCAGAGUUUGCAAUGGGCCUUGGUGAAUACGUUGCAAAUCCCGUGGACAGCUUUGUGAGGACCUGAAGAUCCAGGAUGUGGCCGCAGGUGC